UCCCCAGGAGUGCGGGCGCCCGCGGGAGGCCCCGUCGUCGCCGCCUGGGACCCUGGCCCAGCUACGCGGGCCGCUCGGGACGCGCGGCGGUGCGGAGUGAGGUUCCUGAAGACUUCAGAGGGAACCUGACAGGGGAGGCUCAAUGGCCCUGAGUGAAGCUGAGGCUGAGGCAGAAAUGUCUGUCAGUACAAAGGCCCCAGCCUGUGGCAGGUGGAACUCGGGGAAGCUGCUGCCCCCAGGGCUUGAACCAGAUCAGCCCCUGCAUCUGGAUGUCGAGGGAGGGCCACUGUGGAGGGCUGAAGCUGACCCUGGCUGCAUCUCUGGAGUUUUCUUGUCACAGGUCCAUACUGUCAGCAAAGAACCAGUAGCAGAUAGGCCUAAGCCUCCCCUCAGUGGCCUGCUUCCUUCUGCCAGUGUGGGCACUGGAGAGGUUUUGCACUCUAUGGGCAACCAAAUGGAGGAAGACCAGCUUCCUGCCCCCCAGGACCUACUUCCAGCUCUUCAAGUCUGUGGAACUAUAACUGUUUGCUCAGGACAGGAGGCUGACAGUGAAGACUUCCAGGCCACACUCGCUCCAUCUCAGGUGUUGGGCCUCAGCCAGCAACCACACACCUCAGGUCUCCCUCUCCUGCAACAGUGGAAGGCCACGGUGAGCCCGGGCGCUCCUCAGCUCUCUAGCAGAAGCUUCUCUGCCUCCUCGGUGGGCAGCAGUCUCCAGGGUCACCAAGAGGAGGCAGAACCUCAGAGUGGCUCUUUUGCCAAUGUCUCCUCUCCCGAGUCGACUGUACCCCAGGCAACCCACUCUGUGGUGGGGGCAGGGCCUCGGCUCCAGGGGUCAGCACAGCCUGUGACCUCUGGCAGUGACGCUACAAGCCUGGGUAAGAGACACCUCUCCUUUCAGGCAGAAUACUGGGCCUGUGUGCUGCCAAAUUCUCUGCCUCCUUCCCCUAACCGCCACUCCUCACUCUGGAACCCAAAUAAAGAGUAUGAAGAUCUGCUUGACUACACUUACCCACUGAGGCCUGGGCCUCAGCUCCCAAAGCAACCUGAAAGUCAUGUGCUGGCUGACCCUGUUAUGCAGGACUCGGGGGUAGAUCUGGACAGUUUCUCUGUCUCCCCAGCAAGUACUCUCCAGUCACCCCCUAAUGUCCCCCACACUUGCUCAUCAGAAGUGCCUACUCUGCCGUUUUCUGGAGCCAGAGAGCCAUGUCUUAAGCGUUGGCCCAAACACGGUGGCACAAGCUUGUCAUCCUGGAACCAGCUUGCAUCGACCCCUAGAGCCCCAGGCACUGAAGAUGCUUCUUGGGAGAGCAGAGAGGCAGCUCUGAGGGGCACAGCAGAGGAUUGUCUCCCUAUAGGCAAGAACCUCCGUAUGGGCUCUCCUCAGCUGAAGACGAAGGAGAAAGAGCCACCCCUUCCUAGACAGAAGAAAGGCAGGCAGCAUGUUGGCUGUCCGGCCUGUGUGAAGCCUGAAUGGCCAUCAGAAGAGGAGGUGGGAAGUGACGAGGAGUACCUUGCUCUGCCCACAAGGCUGACUCAGGUCUCUAGUUUGGUGUCCUACUCAGGUGCCAGGCCCACCUUUGUGAACCUACCCACUGGGGCUGCUGUCUCAGACAGUGAUGAGCCAGCGUCCCCCACAUUGGACUCCAGCCACAGGCAGCAUCCUUCUGGUUCUUCCUUUCAAGGGCCUGUGGGCCAGAACCCCUGCUUCAGGCAUUCUCUCCAGACCCUCGGGGACUCUUCAAAACAACUGAAAACUCACCCCUCCUCAAAAGCUAUGACGGAUAGGCAGCUGUUCUCCGAGCUAGUGGCUGGAGAGAAGCUUCCCAGGAAAACAGACGAGCAAGAGAAAGCUUCUCUAGUGCAAUGUGUGCAGACAUUUUGCUGUCAGCUGGAAGAGCUGAUCUGCUGGUUGUAUAAUGUCACAGAUGUUGCUGACCUCAGUGCUCCACCCAGGGCCAGCCUUACAGGUCUCAAGUCUUCUCUGCAGCUUUACAGGCAAUUUAAGAAAGAUGUAGACGAACAUCAGUCCCUGACAGAGAGCGUCUUGGAGAAGGGAGAGAUUCUUCUUCAGUGCCUGUUGGAUAACACCCCAGUUUUAAAGGAUGUCCUUGGGAGGAUUGCAAAGCAGUCUGGUGAGCUGGAGAGCCGUGCAGAUCAUCUUUAUGACUCUAUCUUAGCCUCUUUGGACAUGUUGGCUGGCUGCACCCUCAUCCCCGACAACAGGCCAACAGCAGCAGAACACCCACAUGAAGGGCUUUAACACAGCAGAGGUGGAGUCAUCGGCAAGAUGGUAUUUGGGGAGAAAACUCAAGAACUUGUAAGAGCCAUGGAACAGUUAAGGAAGGGGAGAAAAUCAACUUUAACAUACUUUAAGCUGCCUUUCUCGCCUCUGAAGGGUUCUUGAGAUACUGUCCUCAUUUACUAUGAAUCCAUCCAAAACUAAGGCCUUUUCUUUUGGUGCUUCUCUACCAAAAUUAUGUGGCUUUAUAAUUAUUUGAUAAAAUACUAAGACUUGUGGGUCUCAUGUACCCCUCUCCUUCUGUUUAAAAACCAGCAGGUAAAAUGUGUUGAGGCCAUUUAUAGAAAGCUGCUGGAGAAAGAAGGUCCCAUGUACUUAGGAUUCUCAGGCAUACAGGGGAAUGGGAUCUAAGAGAGAGAAAAUGUUAGUGGCCAAAACUGUAGAGUGAAAUGUUCGCCCUAAGUAAGUCAGGAGGACCUCUACAGCGUCCUGUUGAGUUGCCACCUCUAGUGGUUAGUCUCCACUUCAUAUCAAGAAUGCUCAGGAGCUGGCCUGCCAUCACGCUUCUGAACUGCGUGCUCGUGCUUACCUCUGGGGAACUCGGUCCACUGCUCCUCUUUCCCUUGAAGACUGGUCAGAGGAAGGGGACGGGUAGAGACGGCCACAUGGUCUGAUCGUACAUAAAUUAAAGCAGCCAUUGGUGAUGAAAAGGGGGGAGUCUUUGUAGUUUGGGAGUCAACAGUGCCUUGUCAGGAAGAAAAAAAAAUCUAUGGACCUAUCAUAUGUUCAAAGCAUCAGUUACAGCUUUCUAAGCAAAGUGUUUGUAUGUUGGCUACCACAAAUUCCACAAAGUAUCAAAGGUGGGCUUUUCAGGUUU